UCUUUUCCCCUCGGGAGCAGUCGGGAAGGUGGCGGCGGCGGCAGCGGCGGUAGCGACGGCAGCGGCGGCAGCGGUUGUCCCGGUUGGUGUGGCCCGUCCGCCCGCGCCCCGCAGAGUCCGCGCCGCGCCCAGGCCCCCGGGGGAUCCGCGUCGCGUCGCGGCGGCCAGGCGGCUCGGGGCGGGCGGCGCGCGCGGCCGGAGGGCGGCGGCCAGGGCGGCCCGUGGGGGCGCGGGCCCCGGCGCAGCGCCGCCCGGCUCCCGGCUCCCGGCUCCCGGCCCGGUGGGUCGGCGCCGCGGCCAUGGCGGCCAGCGCCAAGCGCAAGCAGGAGGAGAAGCACCUCAAGAUGCUGCGGGACAUGACGGGCCUGCCGCACAACCGAAAGUGCUUCGACUGCGACCAGCGCGGCCCCACCUACGUGAACAUGACGGUGGGCUCGUUCGUGUGCACCUCCUGCUCCGGCAGCCUGCGAGGGCUAAAUCCGCCACACAGGGUGAAAUCUAUCUCUAUGACAACAUUCACACAACAGGAAAUUGAAUUUCUGCAAAAGCAUGGAAAUGAAGUCUGUAAACAGAUUUGGCUAGGAUUAUUUGAUGAUAGAUCUUCAGCAAUUCCAGACUUCAGGGAUCCACAAAAAGUGAAAGAGUUCCUACAAGAAAAAUAUGAAAAGAAAAGAUGGUAUGUCCCACCAGAACAAGCCAAAGUGGUCGCCUCAGUUCAUGCAUCUAUUUCAGGGUCCUCUGCCAGUAGCACAAGUAGCACACCUGAGGUCAAACCACUGAAAGCUCUCUUAGGAGAUUCAGCACCAGCAUUGCACUUAAAUAAAGGCACACCUAGUCAGUCCCCUGUUGUAGGUCGCUCUCAAGGACAACCGCAGGAAAAGAAGCAGUUUGACCUUUUAAGUGAUCUUGGCUCGGACAUCUUUGCCGCUCCAGCUCCUCAGUCUACAGCUACAGCCAAUUUUGCUAACUUUGCACAUUUCAAUAGUCAUGCAGCUCACAGUUCUGCAAAUGCAGACUUUGCAAACUUUGAUGCAUUUGGACAGUCUAGUGGUUCGAGUAAUUUUGGAGCUUUCCCCACAGCAAGUCAUUCUCCUUUUCAGCCCCAAACUACAGGUGGAAAUGCUGGAUCAGUAAAUGCUAAUUUUGCUCAUUUUGAUAACUUCCCCAAAUCCUCCAGUGCUGAUUUUGGAACCUUCAGUACUUCCCAGAGUCAUCAAACAGCAUCAGCUGUUAGUAAAGUUUCAACAAAUAAAGCUGGUCUACAGACUGCAGAUAAAUAUGCGGCACUCGCUAAUUUAGACAACAUCUUCAGUGCUGGGCAAGGUGGUGAUCAGGGGAGUGGCUUUGGGGCCACAGGUAAACCUCCUGUUGGUUCUGUGGUUUCAGUUCCCAGUCAGUCAAGUGCAUCUUCAGACAAGUACGCAGCCCUGGCAGAACUAGACAGUGUUUUCAGCUCUGCAGCCACCUCUAGUAACGCAUAUACUUCCACGAGUAAUGCCAGCAGCAGUGUGUUUGGAACAGUGCCUGUGGGCGCUUCUGCACCUACACAGCCUGCUUCUUCGAGUGUGCCUGCUCCAUUUGGAGCUACGCCUUCCACAAAUCCAUUUGUUGCUGCUGGCCCUUCUGUGGCAUCUUCUACAAAUCCGUUUCAGACCCAUGCCAGAGGAGCAACAGCAAUGCAUUCUCAAGUGUUUCCUCAUGCACAUUUUGCGGCGACCUUUGGCACGGCAUCCAUGAGCAUGCCUGCGGGCUUUGGCGCCCCUGCUCCCUAUAGUCUUCCCACCAGCUUUAGUGGCAGCUUCCAGCAGCCUGCGUUCCCAGCCCAAGCAGCGUUCCCUCAACAGACAGCUUUUCCUCAGCAACCCAAUGGUGCAGGUUUUGCAGCAUUUGGACAAACAAAGCCAGUGGUCACAACCCCUUUUGGUCAAGUUGCAGCUGCUGGAGUGUCUAGUAAUCCUUUUAUGAGUGGUGCACCAACAGGACAAUUUCCAACGGGAAGUUCAUCCACCAACCCUUUCUUAUAGCCUUAUAUAGACACUUGACUGGAACGAACUUUGACAUGGUCAUAUUACAUCUCUCCACCUCUUGCACUGUUGUCUUGUUUCACUGAUCUUAGCUUUAAACACAAGAGAAGUCUUUAAAAGCCUGCAUUGUGUAUUAAACACCAGGUAAUAUGUGCAAAACAGAGGGCUCCAGUAACAACUUUUAACCAGUGAAUUGGCAGAAAAAAGGUAGUGGUAUCAUGUAUAUUAAAGAUUGGCUCAUAUUAAGUUAUUGCAGAUACCACAUUCAUUAUGCUGCAGUACUGUACAUAUUUUCUUAGAAAUUAGCUACUUGUGCAUAUCAGUAUUUGUAACUUUAACACAUUGUUAUGUGAGAAAUGUUACUGGGGAAAUAGAUCAGCCACUUUUAAGGUGCUGUCAUAUAUCUUGAAAUGAAUGACCUAAAAUCAUUUUAACCAUUGCUACUGGAAAGUUACAAAGUCAAAAUUGGGAGGUUUUAUUCAUUCUUGAAUUUUCCUUUCUAAAGAGCUCUUCUAUUUAUACAAGCCUAAAGUCUUUAAAAAUGUAGAGGGGUACCUGUCUGCAUAAUAAAGCUGAUCAUGUUUUGCUACAGUUUGCAGGUGAAAAAAAUAAAUAUUAGAAAAUA